GAACCGUUGCACACGUUCGCGUGUUUCCACACGGAACUGUUAUUGUGUGUGACGCAUUAACGCUGCUCCACUGUCACUACAUGCGAAUUAUGAUCUAUCUCAAACUUUCAGGCAGUCAUCGAUUAUUGGAUAUUUACAUUAUUUCUUAUACUUUUUAGAUGAUGAAUUUCUUUCGCAACCGUCUGGUGGUUUUGGGGCUGGUGUUACUGGCUACAGUGCUGCUGUAUCUGCUGCUGCCCUCCAUACGGCAAGGGAGCAUGGAGCCUUCUCUGGAGGUGCAGCAGCGGAUGGGACUCAUCGCCGCCUCUCCUCCGCCGCCGCCAUCCAGCAUCAACAUCACGGUCAGGACCGGACAGCUGCCCGGGGACCCGCCACUCUUCUUCAGGGAGGCUCUGCCUGUGGACAGCGCCGGACGACAGAUACUGCCCAGGCUGCAGAUGGUGCUACUUCAUGGUCAGGCCUUUACCUCUAAGACCUGGGAGGAGUUGGGCACUCUCAGCCUACUGGCCUCCAACGGGUACCAGGCCCUCGCGCUCGACCUGCCCGGUUUCGGGAACUCUCCAGAUUCUGAGUCGGUAAAGUCGGAUCAGAGCCGUGUGGACCUGCUAAAGCGUUUUCUGGAAGCUCUGGGCGUGCGAGCGCCGGUGUUACUGAGCCCGUCUAUGAGCGGCCAUUACGCCCUGCCGUUCCUCCAGAGACACAGCGCCCAGCUGCACGGCUUUGUGCCCAUCGCCCCCGUGGGCACCCGCGGCAUCACCCCACAGCAGUACCGCGACAUCCAGACUCCAACUCUGAUCAUAUAUGGGGAGUUAGACACUAACCUGGGCGCCCAAUCGCAUAAGAACCUGAUUCAGCUGCCCCAUCACAGCGUGGUGAAGCUGGUGGGAGCACGACACGCCUGUUACAUGGACAAACCCCGCGAGUUCCACCGUGCUCUGCUCGACUUCCUCAGCAAGCUCGACUGAGGGACGGAAUGCGUGAGAACGAGUCAAACCAUCGUGUGGAAAGAGACUACUAGAAGAAGAAGAAGAAGAAGAAGAGAGACACGAGAAAAGAAAAUGAUGAACAGGACUGCUGUGUAGCUGUAAAACCAGUCCUGAAACCUAACACCACACCGGAACAUUCUAUCACAAAUCUAUCCAUCCACAUCAACUCACUCCUUAUAAUUUCCCCGCCCGAUCAUCAAGAGAUGAGAUGUUAAUAUAUCAAACAAACAAAUCUUCUGCAGUAUUACUAUAGUAAAGCUUCUUUUGUAGAUUGUAAGCAUCUCCUUUUAUUAGUUUGCCAUGGAUCCUUCUUGUUAUUACUGUUCUUACUGUAACGGCCUGCCUGUAGGUUGUUAUGGUUUCCAGUCUGAGAGAUGUUCCUGAAUCACAAUCAUCAUGACUUACAGUCUGAGGUUUAUUCCGUAACACUGUCGCCAUGGUUUCUGGUCUGACGGGUGUUCCCGUAACACAGUUGCUAUGGUUUCCAGUCUGAGAUAUGUUUCAGUAACUCAGUUGCCAUGGUUUCUGAUCUGAGGGAUGUUCCUGUAACACAGUUGACAUGGUUUCCUUUCUGAGGGUUGUUCUGUAAACCUGUUGCCAUGGUUUCCAGUCUGAGAAAUGUUCCUGUUACUUAGUUGCCAUGGUUUCUGAUCUGAGGGAUGUUCCUGUAACACAGUUGACAUGGUUUCCUUUCUGAGGGUUGUUCUGUUACCUGGUUGCCAUGGUUUCCAGUCUGAGAAAUGUUCCUGUAACUCAGUUGCCAUGGUUUCUGAUCUGAGGGAUGUUCCUGUAACACAGUUGACAUGGUUUCCUUUCUGAUGGUUGUUCUGUUACCUGGUUGCCAUGGUUUCCAGUCUGAGAAAUGUUCCUGUAACUCAGUUGCCAUGGUUUCUGAUCUGAGGGAUGUUCCUGUAACACAGCUGCCAUGGUUUCCUUUCUGAGGGUUGUUCCUGUAACACAGUUGACAUGGUUUCCUUUCUGAUAGUUGUUCUGUAAAUCUGUUGCCAUGGUUUCCAAUCUGAGAAAUGUUCCUGUAACUCAGUUACUGAUCUGAGGGAUGUUUCUGUAACACAGUUGCCAUGGUUACUGAUCUGAGGGAUGUUUCUGUAACACAGUUGGCAUGAUUUCCAGUCUGACGGUUGUUCCGAUAACAGUUGCCAUGGCUCCCUUUCUGAGGGAUGUUACUGAAACACAAUUGUCAUCAUGGUUUAUAGUCUCAGAUUUAUUCUGUAACGCUGUUGCCAUGGUUUCUGGUCUGACGGGUGUUCUUGUAACAUGGUUACCAUGGUUUCCAGUCUGAGUAAUGUUCCUGUAACUCAUUUGCCAUGGUUUCUGAUCUGAUCUUUCUUUUUUUUUUUUUACCCAAUGUAACACAGUGUGCCAUGGUUUCCAGUCUGCUAGUUAUUUUGUAAUGCUUUUGUUAUGAUAAUCUUAGAGUUUUUCCUGUAACAUGUAGUUGCCAUGGUUUUCAGUCUGACAGUUGUUCCUAUAACACUGUUGCCAUGGUUUCCAGUCUGACAGUUGCUACAAAAUCAUGGUUGUCAUGGUUUCCAGGCUGAGAAAUGUUCCUGUAAAUCAGAUGCCAUGGUUUCCAGUCUGACAGUUGCUUCAAUAACAUGGUUCCCAUGGCUUCUACCCUGAGGAUUGUUCCUGUAACUGUUUUCUGGUCUUGUGCUGUUCCUAUAAUAAGGUUGCCAUGGUUUCCUGUCUGAGGGUUGUUCUUAUAAUACAGUUUUCCUGUAACAGCAAGAGUCACAUAAUGCCAAAAUCAUUGUCAUAACCCUCCAUCUCAAAUGCGCUUGACAGGAAACUGGAGUCUUUAAUCCCACAAGAACAUCUCAGAGAAGAAAACGGUAUUUCUCCUUUUCGGUUCGUAUAUGUUUGUUUUAUCAUUGAGUGAAGCGUGUUCACACCAGCGGUUGGCACAUACGUACCACUGAAUGUAGCAUGUUAAUGUGUGAAUGACUCACCAUAUGGUUUUAGAUGCUCAAAAAUAGAUAGAAAGGUUUCAGUAUUUGAUGCCUGUCAUGCUUGUAAAUUUAGUUUUUUAUUAUUAGUGGUUGUCAGAUUUGUACUGGCAGUAGUCCUCGCAAUAAAAGAGAAUUUACUGAGACUGCCGAGGAAAAAAAAACGUGUUCAUUAAAUGAUAGCGGUAUUACAUACCUAGACCUAAAAAUGUACGUGUUCAUUUCAUAUUUAUUAUUUAUUGCUUAAAUCUUCUACAUGACACAGACUGUAAUAUGUGUGGUAUUUAUGUGCUGUGGUCUUUUUUUUUUAUUAUUCUUUUUUUUUUUUUAUAGCUUGUAAAUAUGAAUAUGUUGUAGAGGACAGUGAGGCACCUCUGACCUGUGAAUAUUUCUGACAUCCCAAAUCUUCAACCUGAAGGGAUUCGUCAUUGGGACUGAAUUCAGAUUCCUGUGUGCAUGGUACUGUAGAACCAUCAAACAUGCUUUGUUCAAUGCAAAAUAAAAUUCAUUAACAUUCA